GGCAGAGGGUUCCAGUGUCCGCGGGCCCGCACCUCUGUGCUUCUCUACGGUGCCGGCUGCUUGAAGCCGGGAUGCGCUGCGCCUGCUACGGGUCCUCACUAUGGAGACCAAACGCCUGGAGAUCCCCGGCAGCGUCCUGGAUGAUCUCUGCAGCCGAUUUAUUUUGCAUAUUCCCAGUGAAGAAAGAGACAAUGCAAUCCGAGUGUGCUUCCAGAUUGAACUCGCCCAUUGGUUUUACUUGGAUUUCUACAUGCAGAACACACCAGGAUUACCUCAAUGUGGGAUAAGAGACUUUGCCAAAGCUGUCUUCAGUCACUGUCCGUUUCUGCUGCCGCAAGGUGAAGAUGUGGAAAAGAUCUUGGAUGAAUGGAAGGAAUAUAAAAUGGGAGUACCAACUUAUGGGGCAAUUAUUCUUGAUGAGACCCUGGAGAAUGUACUGCUGGUUCAGGGGUACCUGGCAAAGUCAGGCUGGGGAUUUCCAAAAGGAAAAGUAAAUAAAGAAGAAGCGCCUCAUGACUGUGCGGCUAGAGAGGUCCUGGAAGAAACUGGUUUUGAUAUAAAAGACUAUAUUUGUAAGGAUGAUUACAUUGAGCUUCGAAUCAAUGACCAACUGGCUCGCCUGUACAUCAUUCCAGGAGUUCCGAAAGACACAAAGUUUAACCCCAAGACCAGAAGAGAAAUUAGGAAUAUUGAGUGGUUCUCCAUUGAGAAAUUGCCCUGUCAUAGAAAUGAUAUGACUCCCAAGUCCAAGCUUGGCUUGGCACCUAAUAAGUUUUUUAUGGCCAUUCCCUUUAUCAGACCACUAAGGGACUGGCUGUCUCGAAGAUUUGGAGAUUCCUCGGACAGUGACAAUGGUUUUUCUUCAGCUGGUAGCACACCAGUUAGACCCACCGUGGAAAAGUUGAGUCGAACGAAAUUCCGCCACAGCCAGCAGCUGUUUCCUGAAGGUUCUCCUAGUGACCAGUGGGUAAAGCACAGGCAGCCGCUACAGCAGAAGCCACACAGUAACCACACGGAGGUGUCAGACCUUUUCAAAGCAAAGAAUCAAAAUAUGAGAGGUAAUGGCAGGAAACAGUAUCAAGACUCACCUAAUCCAAAGAAGCGAGCGAAUGGAGUCCACGGUCAGCCAGCAAAGCAGCAGAAUCCCCUGAUGAAAUGUGAAAAGAAGCUGCAUCCACGAAAGCUUCAGGACAACUUCGAGGCAGAUGCUGCAUGUGACUUGCCUUGUUCUGGUGAAGACCCGUUGGUAGAACAUGCUGAAGGACAUUCUGUAGCGUGCAAUGGACAUUGCAAGUUCCCAUUUUCAUCCAGAACCUUUCUGAGUUUCAAGUUUGACCAAAAUGCUAUCAUGAAAAUCUUGGACCUUUGAUCCAGCAAGUGUAUUGCAGAAGUCCCCCGAUCUGGGACCUGUUGCAUGUGAGUGGGUGUCUCCUCAAGCCUUACCUUUCUCAGGUAUUUGAAAGAAAUGCAGGGAGGCAAUGUUUCUAAAGAGAUUUUCUGUACAGAAGAGAAACUAGAAAGAAACACAAGUUUGCACUGUAAAUGCAGUUAGAACUUUUUAUAUGGAUUUACCUUUUCAGUGUUUGGAACCAAGUUUU